AAGUGGCGUUAGAACAAAGUUGUGACCUAGAACUCGCACCAAGCAGUGAGCUGCCUGCUGACUUUGACUCCGAACCAUCCCUGCUGGAAGGGCUCUGAAGCCACCAGCACUUGGUGCCGUUGCAUUCCUCCAGGAGAGGAACCUCCCCGGAAUUCCAGUUACUGCUGUGCUCAGCUGCUUGGCCGCAGACAGAAGGCCUUCUGUUCGCACAGCAGUUGCCCUCAGUGCUUAUAACACCGAGUUUCCUCCGAACUGGAUCUCAAAACGUUGUGUGAGGCACCUGCGAGUCCCCCAGCCGGCUCCCAUGUCUGGGGCACAGCGCGAAGCUUUCACCAGCGUCCUGAAAUGCCAGCACUUGCAGGAGCGCCACGCAGGGGCAGAACCAGAGCCCGGAGCACAAAGAGCCUUUGGGUGCGCGUGCUGCCUUGUCAGAGCGUGGAAAGCUGCCCCAUCGAGCCGUCUGUCUUGGGUGGAAAACUCCGGCGUCGGGUUCUCCUUGGACUACCCCAACAUAAGCCUGCACGCCAUCUCCAGGGACCUGAGCGCCUUCCCGUGGGAGCACUUGUACGUCAUGGUCAACGCCAGCUUUGAAGACGAGGAGACGAAAGAGGCUCCCAUGGCCGAAGGAGAGGAGGAAGACAGCGACGAUGAUGUUGAACCAAUUGCGGAAUUCAGAUUUGUACCGAGCGACAAAUCGGCCUUGGAAGCCAUGUUCUCAGCGAUGUGCGAAUGCCAGGCUCUGCACCCCGACCCAGAAGAUGAGGAUUCGGACAACGAUUACGAAGGGGAGGAGUACGACGUUGAGGCACACGAGCUGGAGCAAGGCGACAUCCCGACCUUCUACACGUACGAAGAAGGGUUGUCGCAUUUAACCGCAGAGGGCCAGGCCACCCUGGAGAGGCUGGAGGGCAUGCUGGCCCAGUCUGUCAGCAGCCAGUACAACAUGGCUGGGGUGAGGACGGAGGACUCGAUACGGGAGUUUGAAGAUGGGAUGGAGGUGGACAUAGCACCAGUAGUCGCGGGGCAGUUUGAAGAUGCAGAAGUUGAUCACUGAGGAGGACGCGUGCUGCUAUUCUUCUUGUGGCACUUCCAGAAUAAGCUGUAAAACUGAAGGCAUUGCAGUGACUGUCGGGAGUUAACCUUUCUUUUAAUGACCUAUGCUUAGACAUCUCGGUCUAUAAAUGCUUUUAUAGAUGUUUAAAAAAAAGGGGUUGACAUUUGUGACCACUAUGGGGUUAUUUUUAAAAAACCACACAAGUAAAAAAACCUCUCCCGUCUAACAUAAAUGGGGCUUGUCAGGGGUGAUUUCAAAGAAGCCUUUGCAGGAGUUCUAGGACUGCAGAAAUACAACUGUAAGUAGAACAGAGUUUUAGAUUGUCCUAGAACUUCCCAUAUUUUUGUACCUGUUCAUUGAGUAGUGGAGCGGAAUGGAAAUGUUACAGAGCUCAGCUGAAAGAAAAUAAGGUCAGACAUGGAUGAAAAGCAGAGCUCAACUUAAUGCCCCUCAAGUAACUGGUAUCAGUUCACUGUUGUCCCUUCCAUUUGUCUGGGAGCAAAGUUUGGGUGGUAGAGAUGGAAUAAAAUCUGUAAAGUCCUGAAAAUGAGAACUGGUUUGUGUCUUUGUAUUAAAUGUUAACAGCACUGUUAAAUAAACUAAGAUUUUUGUAUCUCACA